UAAAGACACGAAACUUAUGAUUUGAAGCAAGACAACAAUCAGUUCAGGCUAAACCGUCAGAAUGAGUAUUACCAAUUUCGAAGUAACAAAAUUUAUAUUUAUUUUUUACAUGUCAAUAUCGUCUCCCAUGAACAUUAAAAAUUCUCGAAACCAAAUUCUUGGAGAAAUCUUAGUCACUACUAUUAACCAAAAGAUAUAUAUUCGUGAGACAAAACCAACAAUUAAUAACCCAGUACAUAUGUAUUCUCACGUUAAGAUGGCUGAAACUCUACUGAUAGAACGAUUUAACCCACAUAUGAGUCUUAGUUAUGGUACUGGGAGGUCUUCAUUUCAAUGCGAAUGUGAUAAACCCAUAAUCUCCGCUCCUAGAGCUAUGCUUAACAAAAAUGCAGAAAGCGAAACUCAACCAACAAUUCCCAAGGAAGAGUCGAAGAAUUCAACCAAAAAACAAAAAGAAAAACAGAGAGGAACAACAUCUAAACAGUUCAAAACCAUGAUGUAUGCAGCAAAGGUGCACUCUAAAAUGACUUAAUGAAAUUAAUUGUAGACGGCAGAGUGGGUGUGUGUUAUUCCAUUUUUGCAUGUCGCAGGAAACUCGAAGCUAACACUAUCAACAACACCCCAAUUGAAAUUUAAGGAUUACACCCUUAAUAUCAAUCUUAUUGUUAUUAUUAUGAAUAGCUCAAUCCAUACAUUUUACACUAGCCCAGCAAAUUUCCUAGAGCGUUUUUUACAACUACAGUUAUUUGUUUAAAUAUGAAUUUGCAUGUAUGUAUACAAUUAAAAAAAAAAAAUACUUGCAUUGAUGGUGACCUAAAUAUUUCGAAUAAAGUUGCUUACUACCAAUUAUGAUGAGUUGACAUUCCGCAUAAUUAGCCAUAUUAACCAUUGGCAUUUCCACGUAUCAGUUUUAUUACGAUUUGCAAAGUGUUUAGUUGAUUUUUGGUACUGAUAACAUUUGUCAUGAAAUUUUGUUGGGGAAAUAUAUCCUUAGCAUGGCAUAGCCUUGCAUGUGUUCUACUGGGAAUAAGGAUUGCUAGUUCUUCGGAUUUAAUACAAUUCGGGACUUCUUCAGAUCAAGUUAACCCUGCCGAGUAUUAUGCGUUGGCAGAUGGCCAAUAUCCAAAUGUUGGACCAACGGAGGAGCUUAAGCGCACCCAAAGGUCGUUUUGGACCGACUUGUUUAGUCGAGGCAUUUUUGCUGACAGGGAAUGUACUGCCAACUGUAGGAUCGAUGCUGGUGACGGGUCAACACCUAAUGAUUUUCCACAGCCCUUUCAACCGUUUCCACAACUACCACCCUGGCGUCCUUUUCAGCCAUUAUUUGGUGGAAACUGUCAGAGAUGUGUUUGCCCGGAGUGCGAAGUUAGCUUUGCCGGCAAUCCAGCCAAUUCAUAUAAUAGUGAUAAUAACAACUAUGGUGACGGUACAUCAGUUUAUCGUCCAAGCGAUGAAAGCGAAAAAAAUACUGCGAACCAUCCCAUUAGCAACAACUAUGUUCCCACACAAGAGGAAAAAGAAUCUUACAGUAUCACAACACAGCCUACUGACUCGGGAAACCUUACUGAAAAUACUACUCAGCAAGUUCAGUAUGAAAGCAAUGGAGAUUCAGCCGAAGACCAUUAUACUAAGAACUCGCUGCCAGGUGAACAAAGUGAUGAACCGGGAGACAUUUCAAAGUCUAAAGUUCCUCAGAUAUUGUAUCAACCUAUUAUUUAUGUUACAUCGCAGUUCCAAGAACAUGCUAAAAACCUUAUUGGCCCAAAAUCAGUUACCCUCGGUGUUUUGCCACCACCACCACAAUCAAAUAACGUUGGAGGGGCGUCCCUACCUGAAUAUGACACAGUUACAACACCAGUUCAAGCGGAUUUUAAACAAAGUUUAGUGCCGUUGACGUCGUACUCUGAAGACAGCAACUGCAACGAAGCAGUAUCGACCAAUGCAGGUGAACACUGCCAAGGAUUCCAUUACGCCCACCCUCAAUAUCCCAGCAUUCCUUCUGUUUCGACUUUGUACGCAGUAAUAUCUCCGCAGCAAACUGCUGUACAUACGAUCGAUUGCAAUCGAUUAUACCACAAUGAAGAUAACGCUGGCCCUGCUAAGUAUUCACUUGCAACGAAUUUCUACGACAAUAAUCAAAGACAUCACCCAGUUCCACCGAUUACACUCACAUGUGAUGAUCAACCGUAUCGGGUGUGCCCGGAACUUUUCGAGGACUACAAUCGUCAACUGAACAAACAUAAUUCCUGGACAAUGGCUUCUUCUGCCUACCCGUGUAAUCCCAAAAAUACAUUUAUAAACGCUCAAUUGAUAAGUUACUGAAUGUAUUUACACAUAGUUCACUAUCCUGCAAUUAAAUAAAGACACAUCCACAAUAUAGAAUAUUUAAA